CACAUUCAAAAUCAAUUUGAUUUCAAACUGUUAGCUUGCAAAAUAAAUAUAAAUUUCAUUCGUUAUCGACUUACAAAUUUACUUUGAAGCGUUGUAUUUUCAGUGCUCAGUAUGGCAAAUAGCUCGUAUUCACAGAUUAUGGAAGACAGUAUUAAGCUGCACUUUGAACGAAAUGGCAUACUGGACGAGAUGCGUAGUGGACUGCAUGUGAAGGUGCUGAACAUGAUGCGAGGCGAGAAGGACCUAAGAAAGGAUGAGCCACUCUGUGGGGGCGAUAUGAAGCAGCGGGGCUUGGUGCAGCUGCUCAACUAUCUGGUGGUGGACUAUUUCGCGUGGUACGGCUACAAGCAUACUCUGGAGACGUUCGCCCUUGAAACGGGCGACAAGUGCCAACUGAAGCCGCGUGAGAGGCUGCAGCGAGAGUUUGGCGAAAACUUUGCCCGCAAGGAUCUGCCCAUUCUCUUGCAAAUGGUGAUGAAGCAAACCAAAAAGAUUAAUGAGAAAAACUUGCCCGAGUCGCCAAUACAAGCCAACAUAAGCAGGAAAUACAUUCAAGCCGCACCUAAGGGAAAGGAUAUUCCACCUGAAGGCAGUUCAAACAAUACACCGAAUUUCCCGACAACGCAUGUCAAGCCUAAAGAUAUUCAAGCCGAUGAUAGUGCAGGCAAGGUAAAUGUGCGAGAAGCUAUGAAAGAGUCGACAAAAGUUUUGACGAAUUACUCAUAUGCGAAGCGUGUUAAAAGAUCGUCCCCUACCUUAAGGAAAACGCGACAUAGUUCCGAAUAUGAAUCAAGUUCGCGGUGCACGACUGAGUCCGGUUCGCUCGAAGAAACAUCCGAUGACAGCGAUGCCUUCGCUACAAUACCCAAUAGGUAUUAUUAUCGCGAACAAGAGCUACCCGAACAAACAUAUCCGAACGGUUUUGGGGAGGAAGGUCCCUAUGAGGUUCCCGGUCAAGUGAAUAUGCGCAAACAACUUAGGCCACAAGCCAUUGUCAAGCGAAAGCCCCUGAAAAUUGUUGAAAUGCGGAGCGACGCCGACAAAGAGAUGCCUCAGUGCAGCAAGAAAGAUACUGCUAAAAGAGCUAAUACCAAGAGCUCAGAGCAAACUUCAAAAAGGCGUACAAUAUACAAGUCACUAAUGGCAGUUGGGAAGCCUAACUGCCCCGAAACUAUGGUCGGCACCAUGCAAGAGAGCUCCGACGAUAGUGACGAGGAUACCGAUGACUACCUAUAAAUAAAAUGUCAUAAAAAUUAAUUCCGUUCCAAAAUGCUUACAAAAUUCUUAAGCUGUGAUUUUUACUGUAAAAUAUAUUCUCAUCCAUUGUUGUAAUUAAAGUUCACCGCAGUUUCAGCUAAAA